CGUACGGUCGUUCGUGUGGGUAUCGGGAUCGGCUGUCGCGGUGGCGCGUUUUAUACUUCGUAAACCGAACCCGCGAUUCGUCGUUGUCCGGUCGUGGUUCGCGGGGAACGAUUCCCGAUAUUUGUGUUCCGCGUGCGUUCCUCGCGCAUCGAGUGCACGUACGUGGGUACGGAGGUUAGGGGGGAAUAAAAAGGACGGAAAAACUUGGCGUAUAGAAGUGCGUCGCCUUCGCGCCAGUAAAGGCGUCCUUCCGCGUUCUCUCGUGCACACUUGGAGUCGCGGCCGAUCGUGCGAGUGAGUGAUUUUUCUGUCCAACGAGCAGUGCCCCAGGAGGACGGAAGUAGCUGUUAAGUGAAGUUCCUCGGCUUUUCGCGAUCAGUCAACCAGAGACCCGUAGGGAUGACGAGGUAGCCCCCCAUCCGAGGGAUUGGAUUACCAUGCUGGACACGGCCACGAGUCGCGGGUGGCUGUUAGAAGUUCAGGCUGAAACCGCGAAGAGCACAAAUUGGCAGCAACAUGCCCGCAAUAUAGCGCUGAAGCAUCGACAAUCUUCUCCCUGAAGUUACUCUGCCAUGUUGCUUAGGUGAACGGGAGGGAGGCGGUGCUGACCGGUGGCGGCGGCGGCCAUGCGCCCCGGCCCGCCAGUACAGCCGAGCCGCCGCAGGCCUCCCCGUCGCCAGGAACUCCAUCAGGAACACAAUCGACGGCACCGGCAAGAUCAGCUGCAACCGCUUCACACGCGGUCGAACGGCAGCAGCUCGCGGGCCCUGCUGGUGUUGCUGCUGCUGGCCAGCAGCCCUCUGGUCCUGGGCCUGGCCGAGCCGCCAGGGUUACCCGGGGCCGAGUGGCAGCAGGCGCUCUCCAGGCAAAGCUAUCCAAAGUCGACUUUCGGCAGAACCAUCCAACCGAGGAAGCAGCAGAACCUUACCAUCGGAUACCUCACGGCCAUCAAGGGCGGCCUCAAGGACCGUCAGGGCCUCGCUAUCUCGGGCGCCUUCUCCAUGGCUCUCGACGAGAUCAACAACGAUCCGAACAUGCUACCGAACGUAAAGCUGGUGAUGCGAUGGAGCGACACGAGGGGAGAAACCGUGGAAGCCACCAAGGCAAUGAUCGAUAUGAUCUGCGACGGGGUUGCAGCCUUCUUUGGUCCGGAAGGCUCGUGCUACGUUGAAGCCAUAGUCGCUCAGUCCCGCAACAUACCCAUGAUUAGUUAUAAAUGCUCGGACUACAAAGCCUCGAAGGUGAACACGUUCGCGAGGACCGAGCCGCCGGACACGCAGGUGACAAAGUCGGUGAUCGCGCUGCUGCUCCAUUACGGUUGGAACAAAUUCACCAUCAUAACCGAGAGCGCCUGGUCGACGGUCGCCCGGUCCCUGCAGGAACAGGCCACCAAGCACAAUCUCACCGUGAACCACUACAAAACCGUCGAGGACCGCCACACGUGCUGCGAGGAGAGGCUGCCGUGUUGUCAAGUCAGCGUGUGGUUCCAGUUUAUACAGGAGACCAAAAAUAUGACUAGAAUUUACAUAUUCCUGGGAACGGCUAUGUCGCUGAUCGACAUGAUGAACUCGAUGCAGAAUCAACGGCUGCUGGACAACGGGGAGUACAUGGUGAUACACGUGGACAUGAUGACGUACUCGCAGCGCGAGGCGCAGAAGUACUUAUGGAAACCAGAACACUUCGACAAUCUGCGGAAUUGCAUGGAUCCAAAGGACUUCCUGAAGAGGGCUCGCUCCCUGAUGGUGGUGGCGUCCACGCCGCCCACCCAGAAGUACGAGGAGUUCACGAAGAAGGUUCGCGAGUACAGCAGCAAGGAGCCCUUCAACUUCCCUGUUCCUGAGUUGUUGAGGAAGUACGAGAAGUAUGUUUCGAUUCACGCCGCGUAUCUCUACGAUUCCGUGAAACUGUACGCGAGAGCCUUGGACCAGCUUCUGCGGGAUCAACCGGAACAUACGCUCGAGGAGAUCGCCAGCAACGGCACUCAAAUCAUCGAGACCAUUAUCAGGAAUCAUACGUAUCAAAGUGUCAGCGGCGCGACGAUAAAGUUCGACAAGUUCGGCGACUCGGAGGGGAACUUCUCCGUGCUGGCCCUGAAGAAGGACCCCUUCCGGCUUAACAACUUCUCCUGCGACUAUCAAAUGAAGCCCGUGGGCCAAUUUCAGCAGGGUGAAACUCUAGUGUACAGGCCGUCGGAGGCCAUGGACUGGCCGGGUAAAAACAAACCGGAAGCGGAACCAGGAUGCGGUUUUCUCAACGAACACUGUCCCAAAGACGACACGCAUCUGCGUAGCAUCGUGGCCGCCGGCGUGCUGGCCGUUCUAUUGUUCUGCGCCGCGGUCAUCACCAUGAGCAUAUAUCGCAGGUGGAAGAUAGAACAGGAAAUAGAGGGGCUGCUGUGGAAGAUCGAUCCGAGCGAGAUACACGGUUAUCCUCAUCUUGACAACAUGAUGUCCUCCCCUAGUAAGUUAAGCUUAGUUAGUGCAAUGUCCUACGAGUCAAGAUGCGGGGGCCAGGUGUUCGCGCAAACCGGGCAUUACCACGGGGUAGUGGUGCGAAUAAAAGAGCUCAAGUUCUCGAAGAAGAAGGACAUCUCGCGGGACGUGAUGAAGGAGAUGCGUAUACUUCGCGAAAUCAGACACGGGAAUCUGAACUCGUUCAUCGGGGCAUGCGUAGAGCCCAUGAGGAUAUUGUUAAUUACGGACUACUGCGCCAAAGGAAGUCUUUACGACAUCAUCGAGAACGAAGAUAUAAAGUUGGACGAUAUGUUCAUCGCGUCGUUAGUUCACGAUCUCAUUAAGGGUAUGCUGUACAUUCAUGAGUCGUCUGUGCUAGUCUGUCACGGUAAUCUGAAGUCUUCCAAUUGCGUGGUGACAUCGCGGUGGGUACUCCAAGUCUCUGAUUUCGGCCUGCACGAUAUGCGGCACUGCGCCGAGUCCGACAGCAUCGGUGAACAUCAGUAUUAUCGAAACUUAUUCUGGAAGGCACCCGAGCUAUUAAGAAAUCCCAAUGCUCCGAUAAGAGGCACCCAGGAGGGAGAUAUUUACUCGUUCGCUAUUAUACUGUUCGAAAUAAUUGGACGCAAGGGCCCGUACGGUGGCGUGAAUCUAGAACCCAAAGAAAUCAUAGACCGAGUGAAAAGGUUCCCAGAAGAUGGUGAACCGCCGUUUAGACCUAACGUAGAUAUACUGUCCGAGUCGGAAGCGGACUGUGCCGAGUAUAUAGUUAGUACGAUUACCGACUGCUGGGCGGAGAGUCCAGAGCUUAGGCCCGACUUCAAAAUGAUCAGGACGCGGUUGAAGAAAAUGAAAGCGGGACGGCAUCGCAAUAUAAUGGACCAAAUGAUGGACAUGAUGGAGAAGUAUGCGAACAACCUCGAAGAUCUAGUCAGUGAACGUACACGCCUUCUUUUCGAGGAGAAACAGAAAACCGAGGAUCUGCUUCACCGAAUGCUGCCCGAACCCGUCGCCAACUGCCUCACGAACGGCAUCGGUGUGGAACCGGAGGCCUUCGACCUGGUCACUAUAUAUUUCAGCGACAUCGUAGGCUUCACCGCAAUGUCAGCGGAAAGCACGCCGUUCCAGGUCGUAAACUUUUUGAACGACCUAUACACUUUGUUCGACCGCAUCAUCAAAGGAUACGAUGUGUAUAAAGUAGAAACAAUUGGUGACGCCUACAUGGUGGUCUCCGGUUUGCCAAUCAAAAAUGGAAACAGACACGCCGGGGAAAUCGCGUCGAUGUCUCUGGAUUUACUCAACGCCGUGAAACACCAUACCAUAGCUCACAGGCCUCAAGACACGCUUAAAUUACGUAUCGGAAUUCACACAGGUCCUGUGGUGGCUGGUGUCGUUGGUCUGACAAUGCCCAGAUAUUGUCUGUUCGGAGACACCGUGAACACCGCUUCCCGUAUGGAAUCUAACGGUGAACCAUUACGUAUUCACAUAAGCGGUCAGUGCAAAGAUGCCUUGGACAAGAUCGGUGGUUACAUCAUCGAGGAACGCGGUUUGGUUCAUAUGAAAGGAAAGGGGGAAGUGAAAACUUAUUGGCUCACCGGAGCUACCGAGAAAGCUAUUCAAAAGCGAGAGGUCGACGUGGGUGAUCUUCCGCCGCUCUUCUGUAGGCCGAGAAGAAGUCCAAAGUUGAAUUCGGACUCUCGCCAGGCUUCGUUGUUAGGCGGUCUGGGAGCAGGAAGUCGCAGACAGUCCAGCGUUCCGCGACCAACCGCGGACGACUCUUCGUCCCAGUGCGGAGGAUCCAGUCCGGUGCCGCGGCUCCUCAACUCUCGAAAGGUAGAACGGUCUCCUCUUUACUUGGCCGACAGUGUAUCCAAGACGACGUUGGAAAAUGUCGGGAGUUGCAUACAGGAUGACGUCGACUCUCGAGCGGCCCACAUCAAGAUGGCGCUUGACGACUUUUUCAUCGACACCGGGCCGAAGUUACGAAAGAACGCGAGGGUUCUGUCGACGAUCGCUUCGUCGUCCUCCACCAGCGACUAUCCGUUUCAGAAUAUAAUACGAGAGUCCCGCUCGUUGGAUCCGUUUCCCUUAGAAUUGUACAACAAGAGAUUCGAGUCGCCGAACUUCUCGUGGAAGGAACCGAAGAAGAGUUUCCGGUCGCUGGAGAAUUGUGACAAGUGCACGCGGACAAGCUCGAAAACGAACAUAUCCGGGAAAGUGUUGAACAACAACUAUCCAAACGGUAACGUGAUUAUAGUGCCCCACACUGACGGAUCGCCGAACGAAGCGGAGACGCCUUUGCUGGGAGACGAGAGCGGUUGCAUGGGAGAAGUGAUGCCUGUUAAACGUUGGCGUUCCCUCGAUCAGGUGGCAUCCGUUCCUAGCUCGGACAAUGUGCCGGACAAGAAAUCCUCCGCGAGAAAUUCGAUCAGAAGUUGGUUGGUAAAUCUGUUCAGUGGGAACGGGUUACGGAACAGCGACGUUUCCUUAAGACGGGGCGUGAUAGCAGGGUACGAUAUACAGUCAGAACGUGAGAGUAUAGUUUGAUGAUACAGAGCCUCUUCUCUGUCCGAGGAGAAACGAUAAGCGAUGUACGCGAAUAUGGAACCUUGUGCUAUGAAACGUGUGCGAGUGCACAAAGACGUUAACAACAUUUACGAGUCAUAAGCAUGAUGUAUUGUUGCCAUCUUUUUUUUCUUUUUUCUUUUUAGCAUAGAUACGUGGAAUGUAUGGGUAUGAAAGUUACCGAUCGUGUAUAUUUGUAAUACCUAGAUAUUUUAUAACUUGUACUAGAAACACGCAUCGUUUUGACGGCGUACGUGUCUUUUUACGUAGCGCGGAAUUUAUUUGUUAAAACAUUUUUUUUUAAUCCGAGAGCAUAACGACGAGAAUACGACGAACUGUUUUAUAAAAAUAAUUCUAACCAAAGUAUACAAACGCAGAGAUCACGCGGAUGUCUAUCUCGAGUUUAGCACAAACGUCGAUUCCCUUUACGCGAUGCAGGAGAAGAACGAAAGAACGCGCAUAUUGCUAAGGUGUGAGUUCACGAAAGUUCGAAUACACUCAGUUCAGACAUAUGUAUGUAUAUAUAUGUAUGUAUGUAUGUAUAAUUCUAUACUUGUUCACUGAAGGAAAGCAAAUUAUCCGUAUGGCUGUGAAAAGUGAACUAGAUUGUACCUAAGGUGCUUAGUAAUAUAUCAUCUUGUCAAAUGUAUAUAAGCGAAUAAUAAUAUAUCGAUGUAAAGAUAAAGUGUAAAUUAAAAGAAAUAUUCUAUCUUCUGUAAGAGUCGAUUAAAGAUUCAUCUUUUCAAAUAAUGUAUAACUUGAUUUUUUUUUAAUAAACAACUACAUUUUGUUUC